AUCUCAGUUGUAUACUUAUUAACAAUACCCAGGUUUUACCAAUACCGACGCUACAUCAGUUAUUGUGUGCAUUUUUUAUGUAUUGCAAAUACAAGUUUAAUAUAAAAUUUUUCUCUUCGGUAGGAAGUGUUAAGUUACCUAUAUCGAUAGAUAAAUAAAACGAGUUAAUUAAUUUUAGAAAAUUUCUUAGAAAUUUAAAAUACACGUAACUAAGUGAAAUUUGCAUAUCAGAAAAAAUGGUUUGUUCAGAGAAUAUUAAGAAAAACGAAAUUUCAAGUCUAAGAAGAAGUUUUCCCCAAAUAGUGGCUGUUAUGGUUAAAAACAUUCUUCUGUUAGUAUAUGGAAUGAGUUUGGGCAUGCCGACAAUUCUCAUACCGCGUCUGUCACAAAGGAACGAUACAUCAGAGAGUAUUUUUAUUACCGAGGAAGAAAUAUCUUGGAUAGGAUCCUUGAACUAUUUAUUUGUACCGCUGGGAUGUCUUUUAUCAGGCAUCUUAACUCAUCUGAUAGGUAGAAAACGAUCCAUGCAGGUGAUAAGCGUUCUCUUAUUCAGUGCAUUUCUUCUGUUCUAUUAUGCAUACAAGCCUUGGCAUAUAUUUUUUGCCUUAUGUUUCACUGGAUUUACUGGAGGUCUUCUUGAAGCACCGACUAUGAUUUAUGUCGUGGAGAUAACCGAACCUGACUUAAGAGGUGCCCUAAGUUCUACAUCUACAGUAGCCAUCCUAAUUGGAAUUAUUAUGUCAUACGUAUUGGGUACAAUCUAUCCUUGGCGAACAAUGGCACUUAUAAACGCGUGUGUUCCUGUAAUUGGAUUACUGCUUUUUAUAAUUAUUCCUGAAACUCCUUAUUGGCUACUAGAAAGGAGAAGAACUAAAGAAGCAAAAGAAAGCAUAGCAUGGCUAAGAGGAUGGGUCAACAUUGAAGAAAUAGAUGAAGAAUAUAAAAGUAUUUGUGACGAGUUGAGUAAAAAGACAACAGAGGCGUUUUAUUCAAAAAUAAAAAUAUUUUCAAAAUUGACUUUUAUAAAACCGUAUGCAUUAAUGUGUUUGACGCUGGUCUUGGCGCAUUUUGGUACUACCCCUAUCAAUGUUUAUGCUAUUAAAAUUUUUGAAGUGCUACAAGUACCCAUCGAUACUUAUCUUGCUACAAUUUUAAUUGGCAUUAUUGAACUGUUUGGCUCUAUUCUAUUAAUAUUUCUUGUUAGAUAUUUCGGAAAAAGAUUAUUAACAUUUGUUUCAUUAUUUGGUGUUACUAUUUGUUUUUUAUGUGCAGGAUUCUAUGCUUAUAAGAUUAAUGCUACGCACAUAGAAACUCAUAAUUUCAUUAAUGAAGAUGUCUCAAAACAAUAUAAUUGGAUCCCAUUAGCCGCUAUACUAUCAAUGGGGUUUUUCAGUUACCUAAUGAUUUACAGCCUUCCAUGGAUAAUAAUGGGAGAAAUAUUCCCUAAUGAAGUACGGGAUACCGCUGCUGGUAUCUCCGCAAGUACUGGAUAUGUCAUCGGCUUUUUGGCGAACAAAACAUUUUUAGAUAUAGUAAAUCUAGCUGGACUUUAUGGGGUUUUUUGGUUUUAUAGUGGUAUAGCAGCAUUGGGGUGUUUUAUGCUAUAUAUUUGGUUGCCUGAAACCGAAGGUAAAAGCUUACAAGAAAUAACUAACCAUUUCUCUGGUGGAUCGCAAUUAAGCAACCAAGUUAAAAGAUAUAAGAGAAAAGACGGUAUGGGAGCAAUAAAUAAUGGAUUCGAAAAAAGUGAAAGUGAUAAAUUUAGCACUCGUAUGUGAAGUAUGUAAAAUUGAAAUGUAAUCUGAACCUGCUUCAUAUUUAAAUUCGUAAUAUGGCAAAACUUUAAUUCUAAUGUUAAAUAUAUUUUUAUAUUAUGGGUAUAUAAAAAAUAAUUUUAUAUUUUAAAAAUGGUAUUAUAUUUACUAUAAAUUUAUAACUAUUACGAGUUAAAACAUUUUAAAUUACUCAUCAAUAGUACAUCAAUACAUGUUUUCAAAAGUAAAGUUUUGUUUUUAUGAUUUAAUUGCGCUACUGCUAUUAAAAGAAUCAUAAUAUAUUACUAAAAGAUAUUUAAUAAUAGAUAUAUGAUCAAAGCAAACCUUUGAAGGAGGGUAAAAAGAACAAUAACUCACAAUCUUU